AAAAAAAUUGCACAAAAGUUAAUUUCAUUCACACAAAUACAACUUUCCACUAUUUAAGCCUAAAACUAAGUGGUGAAUCCGCUCAGUUUUUCCAUCUCCUAAUAAUAAAUAUCCUAUAUCGUUACACUGCGCCCGGUAGCAGCGUAAUAAAAAAUUAGAAGAAAUGGAAGAAAAAACCGCUAAUAUUGAAAAUAAAUGCGGGGAGAGCUCAGACCGGGACAACAGUUUUGUCAGUAUUAGUAAUAGUAAUAAUGUGAAUAAUUCUAUCGGAAGUCGUUCUCUAAAUGGUUUAAUACGUAACGAACAGUCUUGGGAAGAAGUGACCAUUGUAGUGCCAUGGGGCACUAUCCAAGGCAAAUGGUGGGGUAGUCGCAAUAAGCAACCGAUAUUGGCUUUACACGGUUGGCAGGAUAAUUGUGGCACUUUUGAUCGUUUAUGUCCAUUGAUGCCCGCAGAAUUGCCCGUACUUUGUAUUGAUUUGCCAGGUCACGGAAAAUCUUCGCAUUAUCCAAAAGGUAUGCAAUAUUUUCUCUUCUGGGAUGGCAUCUGCUUGAUCAGGCGCAUAGUGCGUAAAUUCAAUUGGAAAAAUAUUACCUUGAUGGGUCAUUCACUCGGCGGUGCUUUAUCGUUCAUGUAUGCAGCCAGCUUUCCUAAUGAUGUAGAUAAAUUCAUUAGUAUUGACAUUGCUGGCCCUACAGUCCGUUCCACUGAACGUCUUGUGAACAAUACUGGCCCGGCAAUCGACAAGUUUUUAGACUAUGAAGAUUUGGCGUUGUCAAAAGUGCCGUGUUACUCAUAUCAAGAAAUGGUAAAACUUGUCGUGGAAGCGUACGAUGGUUCUGUGGAUGAACAGUGCGUGCAAAUUUUACUAAAACGUGGUAUGGAAACGGCACCGCAAUUACUUGAUAGAAAUGGUUAUCAUUUUGUUCGGGACGUCCGCUUGAAAGUGUCGUCAUUGGCAAUGUUUACUGCUGAUCAGGUUAUAGCUUACGCUAAAAAGAUUCGUUGUAAAGUUUUAAAUAUACGAGCGGAACCGGGGAUGAAUUUUGAGCAUCCGCAAGUGUACGAAGAGGUCGUCGAAACACUUAAACAAAACGCUAAACUUGUGAUAUACACCAAAGUACCUGGAACACAUCAUGUGCACCUAGUUAACCCGGAACGUGUGGCGCCACAAAUCAAUAAAUUUUUGCUGGACCCAUAAAUAUACGGGGAUAGUAUAUUUUAAGGCCUUGACUUAAUUUAUUUCAUCCUUAUUAGGGAUUCUGGGCUAAUAAAUAAAUAGUGAUGGUUACGCAAA